CAAUCAGUCUAAGACCAGAUGAUUUUAUUUGUGAGGAAGAGUUUCUAUUGUCGUUUUCGGAUGGGGAACAUACGGGUCUGAUUUGAUAGGGUUAUUCCUAGAAGCAUUACAAGUACAUAAAGUGAGAGUAGAUCAUAAGCAUGGAAGAAGUUAUAGGAAGAAUUUUGAAAGAUGCUUCCAAAAAUAAACAUCCAAUUUUACGACAAGCUUGUCACGAAGCUUUAGAAACAUUAGCCAACCAGGCUAUGCAAAGGAGGCUUCCCCCUUUUGAGCUGAGGUACAGAUGUUUGGAAGCUUUGCAGCUAGCAUUAGAGUCAAAGAAUCAUAAAUUGAUAUCACAUAGUCUGAAUGGUUUACAGCAGCUUCUACGAGAUCAGAGUUCUCAGUCUGUGUAUGAAACAGAUGAUGAAGAGAAAUGGCUUCCCGCGCAACUGUUAAAAGCAGUUUCUUCAAUCACUGUCCAAUCUGAUAAUACACAAGUUGAAAUAUUGAAAGUAUGACUUCAAAUGGCUUGUUCAUGCAGUUGGAGUCUUACAACUCCCUCCGUUUUGGGAACUGUUGCCAUAUGUCAAGAGGUGUACAGUACAGGGUCAAUAGGAGUUCGUACAGCAGCCUUAGCUACAGCUAGUCAGAUUCUACAGUCUUUCACAGAAGUUGUUCAAGAGCCAGAACAUUCUGAUGAGAGUGAUGAAGAUAGAGACACAGAUGAGGUUACUGAAAGAAAAAGCCCUGUUGCAGGUGAAGUUGAUGAACUUGUACCAGUUUUGAAGUACCUCUGCGAUAACUUGAAAGAAUGUAGUGGCCAACAUGGGAAGCAGGCUUCUCCUUUGCUACUGCAGUGCGUGCUUGCUGUACUGUCCAGUUUAAAGGAAGAUGUUCAGAAGAGUUCAUUAUUCAUCAGUUUUAUCUGGCAACAACUGUGUCCUCUUUUGAUUGGAUUAAUAGGAUCUCCUCGAACUGAUAAGAACAUUAUUUCAUCUCAGAAGGGUACAGUAAGUGAUAGCAAGGAGAUGGGAAGAGGAUCAGGAUGUUUGGCUGUAGCACCUACUUGUCACAGUGCUGAAGCUAAAACUAUUUACAGUAUUGCUAAAGAACUUGUACGACUGGCUGGCUGUGUAAAAUCACUUCGACCUGUUUUAGAAUCCCUCUUUCAUCGAAUGUUGUUGUAUCCACCAUCACAGCAUCGUUUGGAAGCACUGAAAGCUGUUCGAGAGCUUUUGGGGAAUCCUGAGCUGUUACUGAAGUUUGCAGGCCCACCUUUAUAUGGUGAAAGGAAAACUUCCCAUUCCAGUGAUUUGGACCUUAUUAAAAUUGUUAUGGAUUCUCUGGAAGAAUGUUGCCAUAGCAAUGACACAAGUGUUUGUUAUGCAAGUGUAUCAUGCACUGUUGCAUUAUUGUCAAGUUUGGAACACCUAGCAACAGGAGAAGGCAUAUCAGAUCAAUAUGUGCAGCACAUCAACAGCCUAUAUACAAACUUACAUGAUGUUGACUACAAAGGGGCUCAAGAUAAAAGAAAUAAAACAAGCAUUCAAGACAAAAGUUCCAGUCUUGGUAAAUACACCCAGAGAGUAGAGGAUAAAGUGGAUGACACUUCAAAUAUUUAUGAAGAAAACAAGGAGCUGAAUUCAGUAGAAUAUGAGAAUGAAACAUGUACGACCCAGAGUGAUUUAAAUUACACAGAUUCAGAAUAUCAAGGAAGAACUGGAACUGACAAAACUGAAGAAAAACUCAAAAAUAGGUAUGAUGUUCAGAUGUCUACUGAUAGUUGUUGUUCAACAGGAUGUGAAGACAUAGUUGACAUUGAAAGUGUUUUAGAUGAGAAAGAGUCUGUAGAGAAGUUUGAUGAAACAAUUUCAAGCACUAGUCUAGAGAAACAAAAUGAACAAGAAUUAGAAGCAGACGACAGAAAUUCUGUUAGCAAUGAUGAAAACCAGUCUAUUGAAAUAUGUAAAUUAGACACAGAAGAUAGCAGUAAAGAAAGGAAAUGUGCAAGUGUUGUAGAUAAAACUGAUGAAGCAUUCAGUGUCAUUGAAAAUGGAGCUGACAUUGUGGAAGAUCACAGUCACACAUCCAUAGAAACUGAUGACAUUAAUGAAACUGGUGAAAAUAAAAAAAAAGCAGAUUUUCUUCUUGCAUCAGAUACAGAAUCAUCAGGGACUACCGAAGGACCUGAGGAAGGUUUUGACAAUGAACAGGAGGAGAUGAAUCAUGAACUAGAAGAAGAACAAAGAAGAUUAGCAGAAGAAGAAAGAGCUAGAAGAGAAAAGGCUCCUCGGACUUUGCUUGGACAGGAAGAUGCUGGAAAAACAGAGCGAGAAAGGGUUGAGAAACUUUGUGAAAUGCGAAAUGAGUUUGCACAGCAAGAACGAGAGAAUGCUCAUAAUUUUGUGCAGUCCCUUCAAAAUCUUCUCCCAAAAUUGCUUUCAAUAAGGAGCUCAAUUGAAUGUGAUCAGGCGAUACAGGAAUUUGCCUCAAACUAUUGUGAAGGGAUAUGGCAUUCACAGAGAGAAGAAAUCACAGGACAUAGUAUCAAUAAGGAUUAUGACUCAUUAUCACGCGUAACAAUAGUGAAUGCAGAUGGGAUUUACCUGGCAACCUUCUCUGCUUUACUGUUGAACCUGAAAUUGCUGCGAAACAAAUACUAUAUCAACCAGGAGCAGCCAAUACCACUCACUGAGCAUGGAUUUGUGGAGGAAGUUCAUGGAAGUGGUGUUCUUGUAUUUCUCUCUGCCACUUGGCUCGCAGAAGUGUAUCAGCAGGUUCUAAAAGUAAACCUUCUAGAGGUUGCUAGUUAUAAUCCUAUGUCUCCAGAAAAUUCUGCCCUUAUUAAUCUUCUGACAGGUCUGGAGUAUGGUGUUGAUCCAACAGCCAUUCUUCGUGUUUCAGAUGUGGAUGGUCUAGGUAACACUCAACAAGGAUCUCAACAAUUAUCUGACUAUGUUCGUCUGGAGCGAGCUGUCACUAAUAUCCACAUAACACCAAAUAUGGAAGCUGGUAUGAAGAUUGCAAGGCGAGUACUGACAGCCUGCUGGAAUACUGGUCUGGAAGUUUUGUCAGUCCUUCUUGAUGGGACUAAUUCUUGUGGUAUUACUAGUACAAUUGGUUUACUUUUGGCUACUGAGGCAAGCAAAGAGGAAUUGAGGAGAGCUAGUGAUGCAAUUGCAGAAAGUUUAGAUGGUCUUCAGCGCUCUGCAAAACUGUGCAAUGCUCUUGGUCUACAGUCACAUUGCAGUGCUAUAUUUGCACAACUAGCUAUUGCCUCUUGUCCUAUGUUGCAGGAAGAUCAAGAAAAUAUUACAACACAUUCACAGAAAAAAUAUAACAAAGUUAAAAAAUCAGUGCUUCCGGGUAAAAAGUCUCAGUUGAAAUUACACACAUCCCAUAUUAUGAGCAUGGAUGUGAUUUUGAGUAGAGGACUUGAGCUUGGCAGCCACAGCCCUGACUGUUGGAAACAUGUCUUUAGGUGCUGUAGCUAUGUCUUAGAAGUAGAACACACCUAUUUUAGUGGCUGGAACCAGACAGCUAUUAGUAUGACCAGGCAGCUUAACUCUUCCAGUCGUCUCGAUCGUUGGAACCAACCAACUCAGCAGGAUAGUGGGCUUUUCCUCCCACCUAUCACUGGAGAGUUUGGAGAUGAUCAGGGCAUAGAUCCAGUUUCAAUGCCAGGAACUGUGGGUCCUCCAGAAGUGAACAUAUUACAGCUGUUACAAAAAGGAAACACAGUUGAAGCUCCAGGAUAUAUUGUCAAAGAUCAGAAACUUCAGGAAAUCAUCGAGGGUUUGUCACAGCUUGUUGAUAGGUUAUUUGAAGAUGCAGCAAAUAAAUUAAACCUAGCAGCUCUGAUUGGAUUCCUGACUGAACUUAGUGCUGCCAGUCAGACCCAACUUUUCUCUGAAACAGGAAGAAAAUCAUCUUCUGGACACAAUCAGUCUUCUAGGUCUCAUAAUGGUAACACACUAUUAUUGUUUCGUCUUAGUGAUGUCAUGCUCAGGUGUGUUCGAGGAGGAAGACCUCUGAUACACGUCAUGAAAGCAUGGAGUGUUGCAGCACCACACUUUGUGGAGGCAGCUUGUCAUAAGGAUCAGGAGAUAUCCAAGAAAGCAGUAACUUCUAUCCAUGAUAUUGUUAGUGCCCUACUUUCAUCCAAUACCGAAUUACCUCAUUUUCAUUUUAAUGAAGCUCUUUUCAAACCAUUUGAAAACCUUUUGUGUUUAGAACUUUGUGAUACAGAUAUUCAGGAAUUGAUUAUUAGUUUAAUAUGCGAAUUUGUGGAAGGCAGCACUACAGAUAUACGGUCAGGAUGGCGACCUCUUUUUGGAGCUUUGCGAGCUAUUCGACUUCCAGGGACACCACCACCCGUGGUUUCUUCAAUUGAGAAUGAUGAGGAAAUAAUAAGGCACUUGCGUGUAGUUCUUGAUGUGUUCAAUGCUUUUCUUGGGACAGACAAUGUUUUGGUGUUUGCUAAUGCAGCUGUGGACUGUCUUCUGUGUUUAUUAAAACAUGUUCGGGGACCAGCUGAAUUACAAGAUAACAUUAAAGAAGAUAGUACAAAAUGUCUGGAGGAAGAACAGACUGUCAUGGCAAUACCACUGAACUUGUGUUUAGCUGCCUUGAAGUACUUGGAGCGUUGUGCUGAGAUAUUAGCUUUUAUGUAUCAGAUGCCUGCUUGUCCUAUCUUCAGCUCUGCACACAGAAUCAAGUUUAAUACUGAGCCAACUUUUGUGGACCCAGUUAUUCCUAACAUGAAAGUGAUUCAUUUUGAGAGCAAGAAUGAGACAGAUACAGAUGUAAAAAAGACUUAUGCUGUAGAAGAGGAAGUAGAAUUAAUAAAGCCUGAAGAAUCGGUAUCUCUUAAAAAACUUGAUCAAGCCACGGGUAUCCUUCACGUGUGGUUUCUGUUGUUGGAAGGACUAGCUGGUGCUGUUGCUACCUGCCCUCGUCGAUAUCAGCCUCAUACAAUGGAAACUUUAUUCACAAUGCUUCAGAACCUACAUAAAGUACCAGGUCCAGAAUUUGGUAUCUAUUGUGUCAACCACCUUCUCUUGCCCAUGCUUCAAGGCUGGUUACGGAGGACAUCUAGAAUUUAUCGAGGCUGGGACAACUUUGCUUCAAAUUUUAAACAGUGCUGUGGACUUGCCACUGACUUAAUUGUUGACUAUCUGAAAAUUCUUUCUGAACAGGAUAGAUUAUCAGAAGUUCCAGGUGUUUCUUUAAUGCUUCAGCAGCUCCUCCUAGUGUUAACAGAGUGUAUUGCUCAGUCCAAAGAAACCAUAUCUCGUCUAGGCUGUGCAUGUAUUAGACAUGUUAUAACAAGUGCAGCUCCUGUUUUUACACCUGACCUGUGGACUAUUGUAUGUGUCCACCUCCAGAGGGCGUUUAGGGUCACCUUGCAGAGUGUGCGACAGUUGAUGGUAUGUUUUCAUACAGAUUCUGAAAACUUUUAUGGAGACAUUGGUCAGGUAAAAGUCGCUGCACGUAGAGACUGCACUGUUGCUGAGUCCGAACGUCUUAGGCAGCUUGCACAUCAGGUAUUUUUCCUCGACUGUCAGCGAGUUAAUCCCAUGACUGGUGCACAUGAAUCUACUAUUGAUGAUGAACGUUCAUACAUCUUUCUGCUGCAUCCUCCCGAUGUAGAAAGUACUCUCAAUCCAGAAAUGUUCAUUAUUAGGGUACCCUUCCGCAGUUUAGUUGUUGGAUUGCUGUCACAUCAAAUCUUGCUUCAGACUAUGGCCACAGUUUUGCUUCAAGGAACUCCACAUCUGUUACCUAGUGUGGCAACACUUCUUCCAAGUUCUGUGGCCAACAGCAAUGCCAGUUAUAUGAAUAACAGCUCGUCCAGUACUUCUCUACCAGGGUUCUUGUCUUGCAUUUCUUACAAACAUCUGGAAAUGUUACUCUCCUGCCUCCAAGAAUCAUAUACCACUGCUUGUGAGUUUGACCUUCGACCAGGUCUGAAGUUCUUGAUUCAAAAAGUAAUUCGUGCAGAUGUAGCAGCCAAUUUGUAUAAGCAGGCAGGAAUUAGCUGGACGAUCCAGGCUUUGGUUCUGUUUGAGCUCUGUUUUCAUCAUCAAAAUUUAACACUGGAGCAUGUAAAUGAAUGGCUACACAUGCAUGAUCAGGAUGAAGGUGUUAAUACUAAUAGAGAUGCUACAGCAAACUGUUCAAACAAGGGUACAAUUCAUCAACAGAAAGAAAAUGCAGCACUGGAAGCAGUGGGAACAGGUGACUUACAUGCUUCUACAGAAACUUAUCAAUUUACUAACAACCACAACAGUGAUAGUAGAAAGCUUCAAAGUAUACUAGAAAGACCUCCAACAAUAUCAAUGAUAUUUGAUGCCAAGGACCAAAAAUUACUUUUCAAUGCCUUCUGGAGACUUCAGAAUUUCUUCUUCAGCCUGUGUGAUAGUUAUGCAGAUAUGUGUUUGGAUAAAGAUGGAAAUCUGGCCGUAGUUGACAGAAUUGUCGACCAACCAAUCUUCUUUCUUGUUGCUCCACAGGAAGAUGUACUUGAUGGAACUCUGAUCCAGAAGCCAAACACAGAGAGUUCAUCUGUGACUGAGGAGAAAGAUGGCACUGAAUCCAAGAGUCCCAAGCUGGUCAAGCAAACAAGCACAGAAAGUACUGACUCGGAGACAGGAAUAGCAUUAGGGUUUGACGACAAGGAAGAUAAAGUGUACAGUGUUGCUACAGAAAAAACUAUCCAGUCCAUGUUGAAUGAGUACAAGAGGAAGAAAAUUAAACAUUCCAUGCCUUCAUCUCUACGAGACAAACCGAAGACCAAAUGGAAACCAAACAGUGUUGAUCCAAAGCAAAGAGAGGAUACAGACAUUCCAGAAGAAAUCAAUCGGCAAAGACGAAGCUCAAUCAUGAAGGAUGGAGAAGCACAUCUUCAAGUCUGGACACAGCUGAUACAGUCUCUCCUAGAGCUUCACUUGUCUCUUUCUGAAUCCCAGUUUUCUGCUCUCCUCCCUGUUGUCUUCCCUGGUGUUCGCACCCUGGUGGCCUAUGCAUCAAGCUCAGAGCUGAGGCUCUCUGUUGCUGAGUGGCUCCUUCGAGUUGCCACUGUGCGUGGAUUCUCAGGACAGCCUUUUCCUCUGACACCAGAGGCAUAAUCAGUUUUAUCGACCAUUUUAUAAGUGCAUGAAAAUCUACAAUAUUUUCUGUUUCCCAUACAUGUCUGUUAAUAACAUAAAAUGUUUUUUUAUUAUUUUAAAUUUUAUAUAUUUUUUUUGCAAUAAUGUAAAAUAAAAAUUGGGGUUUGGCUAUUCAAACCUUUGAACAUUAUCAAAAUAUUUUGUUAUGAGAUAAAAACUUAAGUUUUAAUUGAUUUAUUAUGCAUUCAGAAUUUGUUAUGAAAUCAUAUUUAUUUACUUCAACAAUUCAGUUUUUUAUUUUAAGUAUUUAAGAGAGUUUUAUUUUGAUAAUCAUGUUAAACUAUCUUAGAAAAACAGGAAGUUAAAAUGGAGGAAAAUCAUAAACUUAAGGCUUUUUUUAUAGCCAAAUUGUAAGAUACUGUGAUGUCUUAAGAAGCCUGUCAUAUUUCUAACACUAGUCAAAGUUUUAUAUAUAUAUAAAAAUAUAAAUAGUUUAAAACUUCCACUAUUUUUCUCUUACCAAUGUAUAUUUAAGAACAGUUUCUUUAUAUGUUUUGAGAAUGAAAAGAACACAAUGUAAAGGCUGGUAAGUUUGAAACUUUCUACCUUAGCUUUGCCUUGUAAUAAGUUUAGGAAAUAUGCUAGAAAGUUCUGAUCUAGUCUAUUGCUAUGUCAGUAAAACACUAGUCAAGCUUGCUGUUUAUUUUUUUUUAUAUUGGGUUUUGUUGUUUCUUGUUUUAGAUCAUGUGCACCUUAUGAUUCUACCUUAUUAGUCAUUUUAUUUCAAAAUUGGAUAUGUGCGUAUAGUAAUAUAUAUCUGUAAUUUUAUAUGGAUUUGAGGUGUUAUAGUCUUGUGAAAGUAAUGGUACCUUUGGUUUUCACUAAAACUAUAUAUAAAAUCUUUGUUUAUCAAAUAUAUGAUAACAUACAUUCUAAAAGUUGAAUCAGUUGUAAACUUAUACAACUCUGGUUUAAUGCAAGUUUAUAUACUGGGACUCCAGUUUAUCUGUGAAUAAGGGAGAGGCAAAGCCAGUUUCAGUUUAUCAUCACCAUAAACAUUUUUCUGUUCCUAAAUAGACAACAAUAUGACAUUUGCUCUGUUGUAGCUUAAUAACAGUGAUAAUACUAGUUGUAGAAUGACUGCCAUAUCUUCUUGUCAACCAAGUGUCACUGUCAGAGAUAGGCUUAUAUUAUUUUUAUUAAUUUUUCUUCACUUAUUAAUUGGCCUAUAUGCAUAAAAUCUGCAAAUAAAACUAACCUCUUAUCAUCUUUACUAAUAAAAUUUGAUUCUGAAAGAGUAAUAUUUUUAACCAGUUGGAAAGUUUUUAAUCCCCCCAAAAAAGGAUUCAUUAGUUUGAUAAAUAUGUAAUAUGUGUACAUGUUUUCACAAAUGUCUUACCGACAGGGAAAAAAAAAAGUACAAAUAAUCUUAGAACUAGAUAGGCAGCAUAUAAGAAAAAAAGUUUUAUUUUAUUUUGGAUGAACUUUCUUAGAGCUUAAGGUUUUAUUAUGUGUUAUAACCACUGCUUAACUUAAUUGUUUUUGGCCCGGCAUGACCAAGUGGUUAGGGCGCUCAACUCCUAACCUGCGGGUUACAAGUUCGAUUCACCAUCACACCAAACAUGCUCGCCCUUUCAGCCAUGCUGGUGUUAUAAUGUGAUGGUCAAUCCCACCAUUCGUUGGUAAAAGAGUAACCCAAAAGAUGGUGGUGGGUAGUGACGACUAGCUGCCUUCCCUCUAGUCUUACACUGCUAAAUUAGGGACGGUUAGCGCAGAUAGCCCCCUCGUGUAGCUUUGCGAGAAGUACAUAACAAACCAAUUUAAUUGUUUUUAGUGUUUAACUGUGACCCCUUUUUGGCUGUUAUAAUUGAAGUAAUUUAGCUACAUGCAACAAACUUUGUUAGGCAGGAUUUAAUAGGUAUUGUCAUUGUUUGUCUAAAGUUAAAAUAUAAAAUACUAUGAGGUACAGUAAAAGACAAAAAAAAUGUUUAUUGGUUAGUGAAAUGUGAUUCAGUGUUAGGUGUUCAAGAGUAAUCUUAAUUCAAAUACAAAUUAUUGGAAACCACGUGUUCAUGUAGCUCAUAUAUAAUGCUUCAUUAUUUUAAAACAGUUUAUGUCAAGUGUAACUUAGAAAAAUGUGUUAUGGAAAAUUUUAACCACGUGUUUGUGCAUGAAUAUUUCAACUUCAGCAUAGUGGAAGUUAACCAGAAAAGUAUACUUGUAAAUGUUGUCCAGAUUUAUGGUAUUAUUGAUAUACAAGUUCUAACCACUAAUUAUUUGUGAAAGUAUUUAUAAACAUUUACUGCAUGCGAAAUCUUUUAGUAAAAAAAAAUCGUUUUUCUUUUUUCUGUAUUAAGGUUACUUUUGACACUUGAUGGUAUAUUAAAUCAAAGUUUGCCUUGUCGUUAAAAUUUUGAUGUCGUGAGCCGUUUUGUAUCAAAUUUUAUUCUGCAAGUUUAUAAAUGACUAUUUUGGCAGCUAUUGGAGUAUAAAUAGAACAUUUUAAUACGCAACGGGACAAUCUAAGUUUGACUAUUGACUAUAAUAAACUCAAGUUACACAAGGCAUACAGAAGCAUACAUAAAAUUCAAAAUUUAUAGCCAUCACUUGUGUAUCAGCUUUUCAACCAGCUAACAAAAUUCCUUGUCAAGAACACUUCAACAGUUACGUAACAAUAAUGAAAAAUUGUGUAAAUGUACAACAAUAUCAAACAACGUAUUUUAAAAAUAUACGUUUUCAAUUUCCAUACAUGUAAAUGUAUAAACGAUUUCAAAACUGGAUUCUUGUAUACGUAAAAAAAUGAUAAAGGUUCUGUACGUAAAGAGGUGUUUAUAUUAUGUGUUAAAAGAUAAAAUUAAUACAGCAUAUUCAUGUAGAUGGUAUACACCAAUUUUUCAGAAGAAAAAUCUUUUUACGCACGACUCUAUUUUGAUGUUUGGGGGAAAUCUGGUCUUGAUUUUUGUUCGUUUUUUGUUAAGUAUAUUGUGAGAUAUGUAUAUUUAAGCUGCUGGUAUAAUAAACAGUUAGUGGUAAUAGCACUGUGCUAUGUACUAGAA